CGAGAGUCGAGAGACGUGAAACUGAUGCAGUGAGUGUCAGGGAACUGAAGCAACUCCUUUUUCACUUCACUUCACUAGUAUAAAAGUCAAUCAUUGCCAUCAUAAAUUGAUCAUUGAUUAUUUCACGAUAAUAUCGAUUGAACUCCCGAAAUCAUAAAUAACACAAGAUGUUCGGUCCAGGAUCAACGCCGAUCGUAGUUCUAAGUCAGAACACGAAACGUGACUGCGGCAGGAAAGUGCAGAAAGAAAACAUUCAAGCUGGCAAAGCCAUUGCGGACGUCAUCCGGACAUGUCUGGGUCCCCAAGCAAUGCUGAAGAUGCUGAUGGACCCCACAGGAGGUAUAGUAAUGACCAACGACGGUAACGCAAUUCUACGUGAGAUAACAGUUCAGCAUCCAGCGGCAAAAUCGAUGAUAGAGAUAGCUCGUACUCAGGAUGAAGAAGUCGGAGACGGCACCACCUCAGUAAUAGUCCUGGCAGGAGAGAUUCUGGCAACAGCCGAGCCCUUCCUGGAGCAGGGAACGCAUCCCACCGUCAUCAUCAGGGCAUACAGACAGGCUCUCGAGGACAUGGUGAAGAUUCUGGAGGAUCAGGUCAGCAUUAGUCUGGACGUAAAUGAUAGGAACAGAGUCAUUGAGGUGGUGAAGUCCUGCGUAGGAACGAAAUUCAUCGGUCGUUGGUCGGAGCUGGCUUGUCAAAUUGCCAUUGACGCUGUCAACACUGUUCUGCUUGAGGAGAAUGGACGACGUGAAAUUGACAUUAAGAGAUACGCAAAGGUGGAGAAAAUCCCGGGUGGCAGUAUCGACGAGAGCCAUGUGCUCCGUGGAGUGAUGCUCAACAAAGACGUGACGCAUCCGAAGAUGAAGAAGAGCAUCAAGAAUCCCAGGAUUGUCCUGCUAGAUUGUUCCCUAGAGUACAAAAAGGGCGAGUCCCAGACCAAUGUGGAGAUCAUGAAGAAUAUGGACUUCACGAGAAUUCUGGAGCUCGAGGAGGAGUUCAUCAAGAAAAUCUGCGAUGAGGUGAUCGCUAUCAAGCCAGAUGUUGUCUUCACUGAGAAGGGAGUCGCCGAUCUGGCCUCUCACUACCUGCUGAAGGCAGGCAUCUCAGUUAUUCGACGUGUUCGCAAGUCUGAUAACAACAGGAUUGGAAGGGCUUGUGGAGCAACUGUUGUCAACCGAACUGACGAGCUCAGGGAGGAGGAUGUGGGCACUGGGGCUGGACUGUUUGAGAUUAAGAAGAUUGGGGAGGAGUACUUCUGCUUUAUUACAGAGUGCAAGGAUCCCAAGGCUUGUACCAUUGUUUUGCGAGGUGCCAGCAAGGAUGUGCUUAAUGAAACUGAGAGGAAUCUUCAGGAUGCCCUUCAUGUCGCCAAGAACCUGCUUAUUGAACCCAAAUUGGUUCCAGGUGGUGGAGCUGUGGAGAUGGCCGUGUCUCGUCUUCUGAACGAAAACGCAGCAGGUAUAGCCGGCGUCGAACAAUGGCCAUACAAAGCAGUGGCUCAAGCCCUGGACAUAAUUCCCCGAACUCUCGCUCAAAACUGCGGCGCCAACAUAAUCCGCACCCUGACAGCCCUGCGUGCAAAGCAUGCAACCGAGGGCAACACCUGGGGAAUCAACGGUGAAACCGGUGAGUUAGUAGACAUGAAGGAGGCCGGCAUCUGGGAGCCACUGAGUGUCAAAAUGCAGACGUACAAAACAGCCAUUGAGACAGCUAUUCUCCUCCUGAGAAUCGACGACAUCGUCUCGGGAAUCAAGAAGAAGGGAAAUGACAUUCAGCAGAAUGCUACGCCCACAGACCAGUCGAUGAUGGAGUGAUAAACCCAAGCGAGAUAAUAAAUUGCUUAAUUUUUUAUAACUUUGAAUUUACUCUAAUGAAGCACUCCAUUUUCUUAUUCGUUCUUUCGCAUUUUUUUGUCAGUGAAGUAUUUUACAUGCAUUUGUAAAAGUUGAAUGAAAAAAACAACACUAUAA